GCCACAUUAUAACUAGUAGGGGAUCCUCAUCGACCAUGGCCACAGCUGCCUCGAAUCCCUACAGCAUUCUCAGUUCUAGCUCCCUAGUCCAUGCGGACUCUUCGGGCAUGCAGCAGGGGAGUCCUUUCAGAAACCCUCAGAAACUUCUCCAAAGUGAUUACUUGCAGGGAGUUCCUAGCAAUGGGCAUCCUCUCGGGCAUCACUGGGUGACCAGUCUGGGCGAUGGAGGCCCAUGGUCUUCCACACUGGCCACCAACCCCCUGGACCAGCAGGACGUGAAGCCCGGGCGCGAAGACCUACAGCUGGGUGCGAUCAUCCAUCACCGCUCACCGCAUGUCGCCCACCACUCUCCGCACACUAACCAUCCGAAUGCCUGGGGGGCUAGCCCGGCUCCGAACCCGUCCAUCACAUCCAGCGGCCAACCCCUUAAUGUGUACUCGCAGCCUGGCUUCACAGUGAGCGGCAUGCUGGAGCACGGAGGGCUCACCCCACCUCCAGCCUCUGCCUCUGCACAGAGCCUACACCCCGUGCUCCGGGAUCCCCCAGACCACAGCGACCUAGGCUCGCACCACUGCCAGGACCACUCGGACGAGGAGACACCAACCUCGGAUGAGUUGGAACAGUUCGCCAAACAGUUCAAACAAAGAAGAAUCAAGUUGGGCUUCACCCAGGCCGACGUGGGGUUGGCGCUGGGCACACUGUACGGCAACGUGUUCUCACAGACCACUAUCUGCAGGUUCGAGGCCUUGCAGCUGAGCUUCAAGAACAUGUGCAAGCUGAAGCCGCUGCUGAACAAGUGGCUGGAGGAGGCUGAUUCGUCCACAGGGAGCCCGACCAGCAUUGACAAAAUCGCCGCUCAGGGCCGUAAGCGCAAGAAGCGAACCUCCAUCGAGGUGAGUGUCAAGGGCGUCCUGGAAACUCAUUUCCUCAAAUGUCCCAAGCCUGCCGCGCAGGAGAUUUCCUCGCUGGCAGACAGCCUCCAGUUGGAGAAAGAAGUGGUGCGUGUCUGGUUCUGUAAUCGAAGACAGAAAGAGAAAAGAAUGACUCCACCAGGGGAUCAGCAGCCACAUGAGGUUUACUCGCACACCGUGAAAACAGACACGUCCUGCCACGAUCUCUGACUGCAGGAAGCAAGAAAGCGGCCCGCCACGCUGGGAGCAGCGCGGAAUUCUCUUUCUCUCCCACUCUCUUCAUUUCACUUCAGCUUUAUUAUUGCUAUCUAGAGACAUAGCAAUAUCUAAAUAUCUAGAUAGGGCUCUUCUCUCGCUCU